AUGCCAAAACAGUUAGACUUUGGGACAUCAAAUGAUGGAAAUACAGCUAGAAGAUUUUUUCAGCUUGCUGAAACAUCAAGUGAAAUUCUUGGAAUUAAGAUAGAAUUGCUGAAGAAUUUGCACAUCAUCUUGUGUACUUUAUCAUCUGGGUUUGAUAUAAAUGUCACAGCAUUCAAAUCCUUCUGCAUCAAUACCGCUAAAAUUUACGUGGAAGAGUACAAUUAUCCCAUUCUGGCCCACUGUGAGCUUUGGGGAGAAAAUGUGAAGCUGCUUGACUUAGAUUAUGCUGAUGACACAGCUUUCAUCUGCGAGGGACCAGAAAAGAUGCAGAGAACGCUGGAUUGCCUCGUGAGUGAAGGUCGAAAGGUUGGUUUGGUUCUUGAUAGUGGAAAAACUGAAAUCGUGAAUAUGAUGAACAUUGAAAGUGCGCAGGAUUGUCUGAUUGAAGAAGUGGUUGUAGAGCAAGUGGAUAAGUUUACGUAUUUAGAUCUGGAAAGAUACCAAACUAUCGGGGACACAGGAGAUACGUAUGGGCAUUACGGCGCCACCCUUGGAGCGAGCACUCUCGAUGCCCCGUACACCACCAAUGAAUCCCUAGAUGGAACCUGGGCCCCGCAUUACUCACUGGACCCAAACACCUCGGCAGUCCAGGACUGUUUCGAAGACCCUGCAUUGGAAAGCGUCCUCCGACAUCUGGGUGAGAGGGGAGGGGGAAUAGGAGAGUCGCCCUACGAUGUUCCAGGCGGUCUGUUGUUCCUCGAGGAGCCUGCUUUGCCAGCUACAGACGACCAACUGGAAUCUGCUGGACCAACGGCCACAGUCGAUUCCCAACAGAUUUCAGCCAGCGAUGUCUUAGUCAAGAUGAAUGCAUCCCGUAAGCACAGAGUUCGAGGCCCCAAGAACUGGGAGUUCCUGAUGCGUCUGCUGGUGCACCCCACGGCCAACCCGGCCAUCAUCGGGUGGGAGGACGAAGAGGAGGGUAUAUUCAGGCUCAGAAACCCGAAGGUCAUAGCUCAGCUCUGGGCAUCGAGGAACGAGAACUCGAAUGACUUGUCCUACAAUAACUUCGCCAGAGGACUGAGGCACCAUUACAAAAAAGGAAUCCUGAUUCCAAUUCCCGAGAGGCAGCUCGUGUACAAGUGCGGACAGAAGGCUUUGGACUACUUGAAUCAAAUCAGAUGUUCUCAAGUUCCCGCGUGACGGAUGACACACCUUAUCGUUAUUUAGAUUUUGUAAAUAAUGACAAAUGGUAUGACGCUUAUAUUAUAUAAUUUAUAAUCGUUCAAAUGAAAGCACAAAAACGCUUAUACAUUUAAACUGACGACUUAUCGACCUAAGAAAACACAAGUGUACCUGAUUGGUAUGA